AUGUUUCGCCAAUUACUCUAUCUGAUACUGGCAUGUGGCACACUUGGGCAAGGUAAAUGUUUUUGAAACUCGCAUUGUUCAAUCCCAGUUGUAUAUUUUCUGCACGAUCGACUAAGGAAAACUGUUACGUAUUAUGCCUUUCAUUACAGGUGCUAGGUCCGAAUUUACAGUUAAAGAGAACAGUGACUAUGUCUUCGCCACAUUGGUUGAUUGCGACUACAUGGUACUUAUUGUCUAAUACGAGUGAUGACAUCUUCAAAAUCAAGUGAACUAACGUAGAUGUUGCCUUUUCAGUACACGGCCGUGGACGGCGUUAACAUUUCGGGUCCGGCACAAGGUUCACACUGUGUUCCGCCAAAUGACUGCUGGGAAAUUGUUGAAUGUAAGAUGUAACUGUAUGUGAUUUGUGUCGCCUAAUGUUAACGUACAUGUUCAAGGAAGCAUGAUAAGUAUAUUACCAUAAUAGUUGACUUAAUGAAGGUACGAAUGAAUCUAUGCAUCUGCGCUUUCCCGUCGGGUAGUUCUUCAGACCGUUUGUUAUAUCUUCCCGUGUUAGCUUCUGACAUGUAUGCAUAUUUACUAUGCAUUUAAAGGCUUCCCUAAUCAAAUGCAACGAACAUUUUUCAUCUAUUUAAUUAUUCACAUCUCUACAGCUGAUAUAAAAUUUUUCUCCAAAAGCCAAACGAGUGUUGCUCGCUGAAGGCCGCAUGAUACGAGAACAUGCAGCAUUUGUAGUGAAACCCAUGGACUCAAACAACAGGAGUCCUAUUACAUUUCAGUACAAAACCUAUGGCGCGACAGACUGUAAGUUGUUGAAUUAUUUCCUCCAAAUAUUUAUUUACCCAUUGACGCUUUUGGGAUUUUAUUUUUGACGUCUCAUAGCACAUAUUGGCUAAAUUUGUCAAUUGUCAUGGCAGGUUUUUUAUUUCGUCCAGCGGCUAGACCGCAAUCGACAGGACAUUUGUGCUCCCUGGUGAGCAAUAACAAACAAGGUUUUACAUGGAAGUACGGACAGAUUUUCUUUUUUUUUACUUUGAUAGAAUUCUAAUCUUCUUUACAAAUCUUCUGCAUUUACCCUAUUUCCUAUAGCUCCAGUGCUGAACGUGGAAACAGGAUUUGUCAUUGUAAAGGAAGUCCAUAAGAAUGAACACUUCUUGGAUGUCGUAUUGUUUAAUGCGGAUAUUGGGGUAAAUAACCGAAAACUGCCUAAAUUUGCAUCAAAAAUCACAAGCAAAGGGCUCAUUCAAUACUUCGUAUUAAGAAGAGAAUAAUGCGUGCAGUGUGUUUUGUAAAUGGUUGAUGGUGCAUUGUAAGCCUUCCUAGUGUUAUUACGAAAUGGCACGAUCUGCGCAUUUAAUAGGAGAGGUGCAAACUAAAUAUGUGCAAUCUAAAGUUGCGUGAUAUUUAAGAUAGACAGUAUUCCGUUCAUGACCUGUUGACAAACGAACUAACAGUAGUCGGCUAUUAUUACUAUUUUCGUAUUCAAUAUUUUCAUGCUGAAUCGGUAGACGAAGUCCGUGUAUUUCGUUUAAAUAAAUGACUCAAGGAGCUCUAGCAUUUUAUUCCCAAGAUUGUGAUAAAAAAAUAACGUUUCCAACAGUAUGACCAAAGUUAUUCGGUUUUAACUUUUUAGAACAUAACUGCCGUCGGGGACUUGGCCGGUAGCGGCAUGAUUCUACAAGAACUAUCAACCAUAUCAAGGCGCGGUACGACAAUGAUUCUGCAAAUGAGAAUAUUAAAUCAUUACAUAACAGCCGAUUUUAAAUUAGGGUCUCAUAUUAACCACAUAUUAGCACAUACUUUUUUUGCGUUUGCAGGAGUGCUGCGUGAAAAAGCUAUAAUUAUUACGGGACAUUUGGCAACCAUGCCACGAAGGAUGGAAGUAAAGUGUCAAAACGUCCCUAUUUCGCGGAUUUUGAUAAAUCCGUCCAAUGACACCAGUGUGAUGAUGAGAAUGCUGACGUUCAUCGAUUACGUGAACGCUUUCAAGUUGAACUAG